GCCAUCGGUGGACUGCUAAUCUUCACAAGUGCCUAUGCCAAAUCCGCCUCUAUAGUUACUUCGGUUUCGAUUCUAGGCGGUAUCAUUGCUGCUGGAGUGUUUGAUCUGGUGGCUCUUCUUGGAUCUACGAAACAAAAAAGUCCGACCGCGCCGGGCGUUCAAGCUCUCUUUUUAGUAUAUAUGAUCAUACUGUCGUGUGUCUUCAUCAUUCAAUUUAUCGUGGCAGUUCGUUUGCCUCGGAAAUGUCUCCGAAAGCAGUCUGGAAGAGGUCGUGAGGAGUGGAUGGAAAAAAUCGGAUGCGGCUGUGAAGUGGGAUGCUCAGAAAGCAUUCAGUUGCUGCGGCUUGGAGAAGGACCAGGAAGUGCUGACUUCUCCAAUGCUGGAACCAAUGUGAGCCAUGUCUUCCUAUUAUUGUCGAUGUAA